AUGAACCCGAGCAGGUUCCUAAGGGAGGCAACAGCGGUCUCGUUAUCCCGCACCUCGAUAACCAGGAUUAACGUCAGAGACGAUCCGCCAGUGGACUACAGUCACGAUAAGCGGAAAUCAGAAACGCCGAAAGACGAGGACAACGAACGCGACGCGGGCAUGUUGAAUGUCUCACAAGAUGUGAUCCCCACCGUUGAUAGCCAACCACAGACUGAGCCCUCGCCAGCUAUGCAUCACGAAAAAACGCCAGAAAAGACCUCGCCAAUAAUGGACCACAUUGAGUUUGCGGCUCGGCGGAACCUGGAGCACAUCCUUGGCGUCUGCGCGAUCCCAGUCAGUGUCCACGUGUCCGAAGAGACCGCCAAGGGAGUAAUUUGGCAGAAGCUAUGCGACGUGGAACCUAUUGCUUUAAGUUGCGGUGACUUGUCUGGUCAUAGGAUCUGCACAAGGUCCAGUUUUUUCGCGUUUCAAUUUUUGGCAGAGGUUGCCAAGCGCCUCAGGCUCGGCCGUCUUCCUUGUCCUGGUACAGAUGACACUCACGUCCAGGCCCUUCUUUCUCGAAUAAGAGACGUCUGUUUGGGUCAUCUCAAGUGGCUGUAUGCUGCAGAGAAGACCGACGAGGAUGUAGCAUUUAGGCCGCGAUAUUGGGUGAGCGGCGAGGCAGUAACCAUAUCGGAUUCGGAUAAGGCUUUGGCGUCACAUGAACAUGUUCGAAAUACGGCGCUCCAAAUACUCAAGGCCAUGGUAUUCGCAAAUUCUUUCAAUGACGAUGAGGAUGGCGACUCGUCGCUGGUCGGCGAAAUGAUCAGUCAUUGGGGACAGGGUUGGGUGCGAUGGCUCGAAAGAUCCGACAGGCGCGAAAGCCUUACGUGGUAUCACAAGGAGGACGAAGGGCUCAAGAUAUUCAGGCUGGAUGAUCACGUCUGGAUCUGGAUGGCGUUGAAGGCAAUGGAAGACAAGAGAUUUGGUGUUUGGGCAACUCUGCAUGACAGGGCUCAGCGCAAGGACAGAAGCUCGUCAACGGGUUCGGAAGAAUCCCACGCGGACGAGGUAUUACGACGCAGCCGGAAGUUUGCCUCUCGGACCGUUCAGCGGGAGAUUCUGCGAAAAUUCACAAUGAAACACGAGAUGCUGCGGAAAGAGAUGGUCGCCCUCACCAGGUCACCACGGGAGUCACGAUUCUUGUUUCACGCCCGCGAUACCGCACUCUUCUACGGUCAAGACAUGGGAUUCUUCCCUAGAGAUGAAUUAUUUCAAGAGGUCUGGAAGAACACUAUUGAUGUCCAGCGUCUCCAUGAAAACAAUCAGGAGGCCCGGUGGGACAACGCUCUUCGAUACGCCUUGUCAUUGAUGCUUGGCAUCCGAGGCCAUCAAAUCAACAAUAGGAAACCAGGAGAUAUGGUGCGAAACUCCAUUGAAAUACUACUUCGGAGUAGCAGUGAGAAUGGACUAUUUCCUGGAAAGCUUGACAUCAUGACGAAGGGCCCGCUAGAAGACGUUUUCCACGUGGAGGACGAUGCCGACUCCUAUUACGACGCUGGCUUCGAGAUUCCGUAUAUUUUUCUCAUUCAUGCCAAGGCAAUCGGGGCUAUCAUUGAUAAUACCACAGAGCCGGCGCUGGAGACGGCAUUAGGUGAUGUGCAUUUGAGACAUCAUCCGACUAGUCAAAAUCCCAAAUCAACCGAAGCGCUGCCUGCACAUCACGACAGCAACUCUCAGGGGCAGGUUCACCAACGAGAAGAAGAUGAAGAGCUGCGGAGACUGUUAUCAAAACUGUCCGACAUUUUAUCUGCGCAGCCUUAUAUUCCAAACUCGGCUUCAGCCUCCGAUCGCAUAGGAACCAGAGAGCUGGCGGUGGAUGGUCGGCAUGCUCUCAAGAAAUGCAUCCCUUUAAGCAACACCAUCGACUCUCAUAGUAUUUUCGAGAUCGAAGAUGAGUGGCUUUUCAAUUAUCCGGAUUUCUUUGGAUCUAAGGAGGACAAGAAUAUCUCUAUAGACACGGCCUUGGACUCCUUGAAAGAAUUGGAAGUAACCUGGCUCACAAGCAUCAAUGUCGCAGAAAUGAGGGAGAAUUACUCUUCUCACAACAACGAAGACAGUGUGGCAGAGAAUCAAAGUGAAGCCUCCAGUGAUCACGGUUCGUCCGUUGUCAGCGAAAGUUUGAUAUCCUUGGGAGCGCCCGGGGACUCCAGACUCAGUGUUAUGGAUAUCCCCAGCCGUAAGCGACUCCAGGGGAAAGGCCUCCGGGGGCCCACGGAUGAAUUCGAUAUGCACAUAGGCUCUUUUGAAUUCAUGUGGGAGACCAUCAGCAGGCCCAGGACCGCAGCCAAAGCGAAGAAGCGUAUUGUCUACUGGAUCCGCCGGGGCACGGAUCCGGGGCUGGAGGCGGCGCUGCUGUGCUACGCUGCGAGCAAGGGCGACGAGAGGGCGUACAUGCUCGAGUUCUUUGAGCGGCACUUCCAACACCAGAACUUCAUGUUCGACCACUGCAACCUGGCAUACAACACCUGGGAGACCGAGGUCCACCUGAGCUUCUUUGUUCUGGGGGACGCCUCUGGGCUCCUGUCAGGUGACACGGCUCACACCGUCGAGGGGUUUCCCGGGGUUCAAGGGAAGCAUAUAUCCCGCGGCUCUGUAGGAUUCCGUUUCCAGGGCGAUGCUUUUGAUCGGUACUGGACGUUUCAUUUUUUUUCCAACUUGGAUCUCGAAACGCUGGAGGCCACGAAGGAUUACUAUGGCCGCGCUAUGACAACAAGUGAGAUCUUGUUGUUUCAAAGGAAGGACCUUGAACUGCGCUUUUUCUCCGAUAUGUUGAGGCUCGUCGAAAACAACACGGAACAUAUUCUUGCAGAGGUCAAGUCCAACCUGGGAAUCAAAUCAAGUGCGUUCUCGUGGUCGAUCCCCAGCAUGGACAGAUACUCCUCCUGGAGCACGCUAUGGGAAGGGUUCGCCCCACUUGUACAGGCCCUUGCCGAUGAUCUCGCCUCUACCCAGGACAUAAUCAGUCAAUGGGAUGCUCGCGAGGGUAGCCGCGGCCAGGAGAGGCCGCGCUGGACCCGCAACGACGAGAGGAAGUAUCGCGACGCCAUCACGAGGAGCCAGCGCGUACUAAACUGGCGCAAAAGGGGAAUACAAAAGCUCCUGGACGACGUCAAAUCGCUACAAGAGCUGUGCACCACCCGGCUCGCGAACGCCCGGGAGGAGCUGUCGUUCCGGAGAAACCAGAACAUCGCCUCCUUCACGUACGUUACCAUCGUCUUCCUCCCGCUCGGCUUCGCGGCCAGCGUAUUCAGCAUGAAUGGCUACCCGGCGGCCGGCUGGGUGGCCAGCAUGGUCGUGAUCGCCGUCGUCACCCUGGCCAUCACGGUCAUCGCGCUCGCGAACGCGAAGCUACUCCUGGCGGUGGCCGAGCAGUUCUCCAAAGACGCCCUGAGGCUUACCGGGGACGUGUUCCAGUCCAGUCUGAUAGGCCAGCACAAGCGUCAGCAGGACGAGCGAGCGCAGGCUUCACCGCUCUUGUUUUACAACGUUCUUGACAUCCUGACCUUCCUCGGUCGGUUGACGAGGAAGACAUUCUAUGCUCUGGUGAUACCCAGCGAUGCCAAUGGGGCGGCGACUGACAGAAAGAUGGUGACAUGGUUGAUAGAGCCGCCGUCGUCACUACGACCGGUGCGGAAAUACAUGAGCCGAGAUGAGAAGAGCGAGAAGCCAACUCCGCAAGCAGAUACACCAGUGGCCGCCGACAGGAGCGAUCCUGACCUACUCGGGGAGGUGUGA